AUGCCCGUUACCAACUUUCCUCAUCCUGAUCCCUACAGUUACCAGACUGGCUUUGACUCGUAUCACGAGUCUGAGGCAGUCAAGGGAGCUUUACCAAUUGGCCAGAAUUCCCCACAAAAGGCUCCCCACGGUCUAUACGCUGAAAAGCUGUCGGGAACAGCGUUCACCGCACCCCGCCAUGAGAACAAACAGACUUGGGUCUACCGUAUCAUUCCUGCUGCAGCUCACGAAAACUUUGUCGCUGAAGAACGAGACUCAUACCAUACCCGCAUGACUACCGAGACACACAAGCUGCACCACAUCCCUAACCAACUACGAUGGAAUCCCUUUGAUCUGGACGAGAAGGUGGACUGGGUUCAUGGUCUACACUUGGUCGCUGGAGCUGGUGAUCCGACCUUGAAACAGGGACUCGGUAUCUUGCUUUAUGCUGCUGGUAAGGAUAUGGGCAAGGAGGCAUUUUACUCUGCCGAUGGAGACUUCCUCAUUGUCCCUCAGCAUGGCGUGUUGGAUAUCCAGACGGAACUAGGCCGCAUUAUUCUGCGACCGAAUGAAAUUUGUGUUAUUCCGCGAGGAGUCCGAUACCGUGUCACCCUCCCCGAUGGUCCUGUUCGUGGCUACAUCUGCGAGCUGUACCAGGGCCAUUAUGAGUUACCCGAGUUAGGCCCCAUCGGAUCCAAUUGUCUUGCCAAUGCCCGCGACUUCCAAGCCCCGGUCGCAUCCUUUGAUGACGAAGAGGAACCUUCCGAAUACAAACUCUACAGCAAAUUUGCUAACUCCCUUUACUCCGCGCGCCAAAAUCACACCCCAUUCGAUGUUGUCGCCUGGCACGGAAACUAUUAUCCAUACAAGUAUGACCUGGGUCGCUUCAAUACUAUCGGAUCUAUCUCCUUUGAUCAUCCUGAUCCUUCCAUCUUUACCGUUUUGACUGGUCCCUCCGAUCAUGUCGGCACCGCCAUUGCCGACUUUGUUAUCUUCCCUCCUCGCUGGUUGGUCGCGGAGAAUACUUUCCGUCCUCCAUGGUAUCAUCGAAACACCAUGUCUGAGUUUAUGGGUCUAAUCGCUGGUAACUACGAUGCUAAGACUGGAGGUGGCUUCCAGCCUGCUGGUGCAAGUUUGCAUAAUGUUAUGAGUGCCCAUGGACCAGAUGCUUCUGCGUUCGAGGGUGCUAGUAACGCUGAGCUGAAACCGAAUAAGGUUGGUGAUGGCAGUAUGGCAUUCAUGUUUGAGAGUUCCCUCAUGGUUGGUGUCUCUGAGUGGGGCUUGAAGACGUGCCAGAAGGUACAGGAGGAAUACAAUGACCAUAGUUGGACGCCAUUGAAGCGUCACUUUAAGAAUCCUGAGAAGGCUUUUAGUCUUUUCUGA